AUGGUGUUUACAAAUUGCACCUGCUUCAGUGAGGAUCCGGAGAAGAUGCUGUCGCACCUCAAAUGUGGUUUGAGUAAGAGUGUCAAGAGGCCAACCUUCAACAUCGAGUUGCAAUUCCAAAGACCCGUGGUCAAGUUCUUUGUGAACAUGAGGAUUGUUUUGCCGCGACGUAUGGGCGACGAUUUCACCCUGUUCAAUCUCUCGGGAAUCGAUGGAUGCAGCUUGCUGUCCAAUAAGAACCAGAUCGCCUUCAUCCAACUGGGCCGCAUGCACAUGGAUCGGUUCAGCAAUAUUCCCAAGCGAUGUCCCUGGCCCAAGGAUGUGAACUACUAUAUCCGGGGAUUCCGUUCGGAUAUGGCUGCCAUGCCGGCCUUUAGCUUUGAGACGGACAUGAACCUGUGGUUCGACCUCGUGGUGAAUCACCAGAAGGUGAUCCGCGGAAUUAUCCAGAGCAGGGUGCAGCGCAAAAAAGCCAUAAAAAAGGUGCUGGCGAAGAUUAAUAGGUGGCUUACCCUUUAA